GCGACACUUACCCCUCGCCUAUGAUAUUAAAUUUUGUUUUGCAUGAUAUUUACCUUCGCCUUUCAGAACAAAUUCACGUUAUCUACUUUAUAAGGAAUAUCGCUUAGUGCAGCCUUCAGGGUGAGGAAGAACGACGUACAUGUAAACAAAACCAGGAAGUUUAAACAGAGUGUACUCGUAUCGGGAAGGCCCCCAAAGAGAAAAGUAAACUCUUGAAACAUUCAAGUAUGUAUGGAAAGAGCAGGAAUGAAAGAAUUUCUUAAGCAUGGGGUUUAAUCGAAACGCGUUCGACGCGUAUGGGAAUUAGGAAUUGUCAAGAAAGGGCCUUUCGAAUGAUUCUACUCAGUAGAAAAAGAAAACAUGAUUAGGAAGGAAAAAAAAAAAAAAGUCGUGUACUCUUGUAGACAGACUAAGCGAAUGUUGAUGGAUAUAUAUGUGAACGUCGAUUUCAUUCAGCUUUCUUGUCCACUUGACUUGUUCAAGAAAACGCUAAAAUUAUCAACACAGUGCGUUUAUCCAUCUCUUCUUCGUCCCUUGUCUUAUGUUUCUUUGAACAAGUAAAUGGGGACUUUGGAUAUAAAAAUAAAAUUCCAGCCCGUCUUUUUACCAUGGAUCUUUUCUUGAUUUGCUUACUUUCUUAUGAUGCGCAAGUUUUUGGAAUUACUAGUGAUACCGUGAAUAACAUCAUUCACAAUGAUUUAUCCCUCUUCAGCAAAUUAUCUAUUCCAAUUGUGUCAUGAACGUAGUUCAUGAAAUUUGUUUUGCAAAAGUACGGGCAGGUUCAAGAAACGAUUCAGUUUCUUGCAAUAGAAAACAAGGGUCUUUAGUGAUAAUAUGGUCAAUGCGUGAGAAUUCUGUCAUCUUAUGAAAACGUGUUAUAAUUUUUUUUUUGUGCGAGAUGUGCGAUUUUUAUGUAUUUACGAAACGAAAGAAGAAAGUGUCUUGAUAAAUCUUGUGCGAGAAACUGGUGCUCACAAGUUAAUUCUGCUUGUAAUGGAAUUGGAAUUGGAAUUGGAAUGUCGGUACUCCUUCUUUUAAUUGUGAUUCGUUAUAAUCAUGGAAGUCUUGACAUCUUCUACGUAUUUUCAGUGUUUGCAUUUGAUUUCUUCAUCCAUUCAUUCUAUUCUCGCGCUAUUUAUUUAUUUAUUUGCGAAUUGGUUACCCUCUCUUAAUUAGUUUACGAGCGAACGCGGACUAGUUUGUUGUUUUGUAUACGGCGCUGAAACACCUUCCUAUUCAGUGUUUUGAAGUUUCCUUUUACUACGCUAUUUAUGUAGUAUCGACACCUAUCACUUCACUACCCACUCUCUCUCUCUCUCUUUGGUACUUGAGUUUUCCGUUCACCCCCACCACAGACCUCUUAUAUUUGUCACGACAGGAUGCCCAUAUUCUCGGGAUUUCGGAGAAACCGGUGACUUUUAAAUCCGGUUUCGGUGGAAAUUUUCUCCGGGAAAGGACUAGAUCCAGAAAAAAAUGUUUCCGGAAAAUGAGGAGAACUGAUGUCAAUAGGACCGAAAAGUCCGUGAUUUUACCGGAAAAAGAAGCAAAUGAAGUAGAUAACUCCGAAAGGUAAAAAAUGGAACGAAAAUAAAAACAAAAAAGAAAUGAGAGGAAAUAAAAAAUGAAUAGAGGUAAUAUACAAGUUUCGCGGACAGAUGUUGACCUAUUUAAAUUUAAAAUGGACUUUUUUCUACCCAAAACAACUUCUCGCUUGUCUCAUUUAAGUUUUACGUCUGAACAUGCUGCCACAGCAAGGUUGAGGGAUGUAACCAAUACAUUGGAAAACGUGAUGAGCAAACGUAGUUGUCGUUUUGUUGACAUAAGCAAUGUAACGAAUCAAUCCUAGAAAAGCCGAGAUUAAAAAAAAAAAAAAGAAAAAAAAAUAAUAAUCUCAUACAAAAAGAAAAUUAGACAUUGUUCUUUGAGUGACAGUUUACUACAUGUUGAAUUAUAAAGACUUUUGUUCAUUUUUUGCUCACUUUCUUACCGAAAAAGGUAAACGUUCGGCUAUAAGGAAUGAGUGUCAUAUGGGACAACAUCAACUCGGACGAUCGUUGCAUACACAUUGUUUACAACCUGUAGGAAUUUGAGAGAACGAUGCAUUCGCGAGGCGAAAACGUUUGAAAGUGGGGAUAGCUUACGCAGAAGGACUUUUGUCCGUCAUUCGAUAAUUCCGGAAGGGAAUGUAAGAGUGAUGGCGCGGAAACUUUUUACUAUAAAUAGGACCCUGUUCCCUCCAUUGGAAACCAUCACUCAAGAUUACAUUUAAGUCUUAUUUAUUUGUGUGAUUCAUCCUACAUUUUUUUAAGGAUUACCGAAAGAUCUUUUAUUUUAUUUUGCAUAUUUUUCUUCGUUGUUUAUUCCCUUUCCUUUUGCAUAAAUUUUCAUUUUCAAAUUGCAUCGAUUCCCUAAAUAUUGAGUUUUACUUUUCUAUCCAUUAUUUAUCAGUGGAUUUAUUUGCAUUUUUUUGACUUGCAUAUUCAUACGUUUCUGUUUGCCUCCCUAUAAAAUCAUAACUCAUACGGUUAUUUACGUUUCGCAUUAUGAAGUUGUUUAAUUCAGUUUCUUUUUCAGCCUUACUCUCUCUUUUGGCUUAUGUCCCUAUUUCGUCUCUUGCCGCUCCUUUGACCAAGCGUUCUGAUCUUAAAGAUAAUGAAGAUUUUGGUUUAUUGAGCGUCCACUCUGGUAAUUUAUAUGUUCAUUUGCAUGAAUUUUAUGUAGGUGAGUCUGGUAACGUCUAUCUGGAUCCUUAUGAUCAUGCAGAUACGAGUACCAGUUUCAAGUUGAAGGAUGGUCAUCUCGUCUAUAAAAAUGAAUAUGCUCAUAUCGCUGAUGAAGGUGCUUUGAUCUUCAAGUCGGAUAGUAAGGGUGCUGCCAAAGGAUUUUCUUUUGGAGACCAUGUUUCUGCCGGUUACCACUUCGUCUAUAAUGGUAAAGAUCCGGUUGCUUGUCCUCUCAAAGAAGAUUCCAACGUCUACUCUAUCUUUUAUGGUGAUGGUACCGGAGACAGCAAAUGUACUGGCAUCUCAGUUCUUGCCAUUCCAAACCAAAGUUCUUCCAGUUCUUCUUCUACUACCACAACGUCUUCUGCUGCUAAAGUAGAAACUGUUGCUACUGCCAGUUCUGCCUCUUCGUCUUCUACUCUUUUGCCCUAUACUACCAAGUGCGUCGUUGUCCCGGCCACAGACAAUAAGGACAAGAAGGAAUCUAACUAUUCUACGCAAUCUGAAAGCACCGAAUCUAGCAUUUAUCCUAUAUUCCCUAAUGGUAUUCGCCUUACCAACACUUCAUCUGCCGACUCCAAUUCUGGAAAUGUCUACUCUCCUGUUGCCUCUCAAAAGGAAAAUGAUCAUGUUAACACCAUCUUCACUUUCGAUGUUCCUCAGGUUACUGACAAGGGUUGUCAGCUCCACUUCCAUAUUGAUAACCAUGGGUUCCCUAUCAAUGUGAAUGGUCCCAACGGUGUCGGUGAAUUCAACCUCUACAACCUUUCCUCUGUCGCUGACGACAGCACUACUUGGGCCAAUCACCCUAAUCGCAUUGCUGAAAUUGGCCGCUUUAACUGCUCUUCGAAUGGAUGUGAUUAUACCACCAAUAUAACUUGUCCUUCUUCCUACCAGGCUGUCUCAUAUGAAUUGUCUGCCAUUACUGACAAGUCCUACCUGAACUACUUUGAGGAGACUAACCCUGUUGAAGGUCUCUACUUGACUGUUUAAAUGCACUAUUAUUAUACAUUAGCGAUAAUUUAACAAUAGUUCUUCAUGAAUAUAAAUCUCUCAUAGCAUA